AUGAGACUAUUCACAAUUACAAGAUGCUUUUCUAUCACUUCUAGGCUACAAGCCACUCCUUUCAAAAUCGCCAUCAUUGGAACAGGUCCAGGAGGGUUUUAUACUGGUCACCAUUUACUAAAUAAAUCAAGUUCAGACAAACAAAUUCACUUAGAUUUUUUUGAAAAAUUACCAACACCAUUUGGAUUAAGUAGAUAUGGAGUUGCUCCCGAUCAUCCUGAAGUCAAGAACUGUGAAAGUUUUAUGAAUGAUUUAAUGAAAGACCAUGGUCCUCAACUGAAUAGUAAAAAUAGAGUUAGAUUCCUUGGAAAUAUAGAAAUUGGUAAAGAUCUUAGUCUAAAGGAUUUGGAAGAACAUUAUAAUUCAAUUGUAUUAGCUUAUGGUUGUACUGCUAGUGACAACAAACUCAAAAUACCCGGAUCAGACCUACCAGGAGUUAUAUCUGCUAGACAAUUUGUCAAUUGGUAUAAUGGUCAUCCUGAUUGCUAUGAAAAAGGGAACGAGUAUGUACCACCCGCUUUGGAUAAAAUUAAAGAUGUUACAAUCAUUGGGAACGGAAAUGUUGCAUUAGAUGUUGCUAGAAUCUUAUUAGCUCAACCAAAAAAACAUUGGUAUCCAACAGAUAUAUCUGUUGAAGCAGAAAAAUUAUUGACUAAAAGUUCUGUCAAAAAUGUAAAUAUUGUAGCGAGGAGAGGAAUAUUGGCAUCCGCUUUUUCAAAUAAAGAAAUAAGGGAAUUAUUUGAAUUAAAAGAUGCUAAAUUCAAACCAAUAGAGGAAGGAUUGUUGGAAUCAGUAUCAACACAAAACCUUGGUAGAGUCGAUAAGAGAAGGAUUGGAUUACUUGAAAAAUAUAAUAAACCAAUAAAAUCGUUGACUCCAGAAGAUCGUACAUGGUCACUACAAUAUUACAAAAGUCCUGUUGAAUUUAUCGCUAAUGAAGAGGGAAACAUUUCAGAAACUAAAUGCGUUGUGAAUAAACCUAUCAAUGAUCCACUUCUACCAGGAAGAGUAGAAGCGACAGAUGAAUAUGUUAGCAUAAAGAAUGAUUUGGUAAUUUUAUCCAUAGGGUAUCAAGGAACUCCAAUAAAAGGCUUUGAAGAUAUUGGUAUAUGCUUUAAAAACAAUAAACUCCAUAAUCAGCACGGCAGAGUACUUUCUACUAUUACUGAAGACCAAAACGAUGUAAAUAAAACAUUUAAACGAGGAUGGUAUACUUCAGGUUGGAUCAAAAAUGGUCCAAAAGGUGUUAUUGCUGUUACGAUGAUGGAUUCAUUUGAUACUGGAGACAAAAUAUUGGAAGAUUUAUCAAAUGGUAUACAUUUAGAGAUUGAUCCAAAUAAGGAUGUACUAGAUAAAUUGAAAGAUAAAGAUAUAGUUUACUGGGAUAAUUGGGAAAAUUUAAAUAAAUACGAAUUAAAAAAAGGUGAAGAAAUGGGUAAAAGUAGAUUCAAAGUUUGUGAAAAGGAUAAAAUGUUAGAUAUUUGUAAAUAA